AUGAGCACAGCCGGAAAAGGAGGAAAAGCUAAAGGAAAAACCGCUUCAUCUAAAUAAGUAUCUAGAUCCAACAGAGCUGGUUUAUAAUUCCCAGUAGGAAGAAUUUCUAGAUUUUUAAGAUAAGGAAGAUACGCAUAAAGAGUCGGAUCAGGAGCCCCUGUUUACAUGGCUGCUGUAUUAGAAUAUUUAGCUGCUGAAGUAUUAGAAUUAGCUGGAAACGCUGCCAAAGAUAAUAAAAAGACCAGAAUAGUCCCAAGACAUAUUCUCUUAGCUAUUAGAAAUGAUGAAGAAUUGAAUAAAUUAAUGUCCAAUACUACUAUUGCUGAUGGUGGUGUUUUACCCAACAUUAACCCCAUGUUAUUACCAUCAAAGACCAAAAAGUCUACUGAACCAGAAGCCUAAUGAUUUAAAUUAAAAAAUAGCUAUUUUUAUUAUUUUAUUUUAUAUAUUUAUUAAUGUAUUUUCUGUCUGUAGAGUUUUUUUUUUUAAAUUAUAAUUUUUUUCAAAAUUCUUUAC